AUGGAGUUUCCAUGGCUCUCUUUCCUCUCUCUCACCACACUCACUCUCUUCCUACUCCUCUCAUUCUCCUCAACUGCUGAAUCUUUCAAACGAUGCCCUAACUGUGGCUCGACCCGAGUUCCAUACCCACUAAGCACAGGACCCGACUGUGGCGACCCGGACUACAAGAUCCGUUGUGACAACCGUGGUUCACUAUGGUUUGAUACUCUCAACGGAUCAACCAAUCCGAUCAAAACCAUUGACCCAUCAGGCCAACGGUUUAUCCUCACACCACCCGGGUUCGAACCCAACACAUGUGUAUCACUCGAUAUCAAGAGCCACGGUAUUCAGCUAGACACAAACCUUCCUUUCAAUGUAAGUAGUAGUAACACGGUUAUAAUCAUGAACUGUACAAAAGAUGGUCUAGAUGCAUACACUUCUCAAGGUUUCAACUGUUCGGAUAAUAGCUUGUGCCACAAGUUUCUACAAGCUAGUCCUCAAGGUCGAAGUAAUUGCCCUGGCGUGUCAUCGUGUUGCUGGUAUAAGACCGGUGCAUCGGUUAAUACUUAUAAAGUUUAUAGGGCUAGGAUAGAUAUGUGUUCAGCGUAUCAGAGUUAUAUGAACUUGGAUCUGACCAUGCCGGUUAGCAAAUGGGGCGAACCGGCCGUGGAGAUACUAUGGGAAACUCCGAGAGAACCGGUUUGUAAGUUACCGGGAGAUUGUACGGAUUUGGUUAAUUCGGUUUGUUCGGUUGAUUCCAAGAGUUUAGGACAGAAGAGAUGUUUCUGCAAGAAAGGGUUUCAAUGGGACUCGGUCAACGCAGUAUGUGAAGUUAAGAGAUCAUGCUCCAAGGGAAAGAAAUGCAAGCGACGGAGUAAUUUACCUUUAAUCGGAGGUUUGGCGGGAGGUGUGGGGGCGAUUUUAAUCGCCGGAGGCAUAAUGAAGAUGAUCAUCUCGAAGCAUAACCGGAUCGUCGCCGGAAGCCAAUCAUGGGCAAGCUUAAAGAAACUCCACCGUCACCUCUUGAGCACCAACAGCGCCGGACUCGACAGGAUCUUCUCCGGCAAAGAAAUCAUCAAAGCAACCAACAACUUCUCCAAAUUAAACCUCCUCGGCUUCGGCGGCUUCGGAGAGGUUUUCAAAGGAGACCUCGACGACGGGAAAACAGUCGCCGUGAAACGAGCCAAGCUAGGGAACGAGAAGAGCAUAUACCAGAUCGUCAACGAGGUUCAGAUACUAUGUCAAGUAAGCCACACGAAUCUCGUGAAGCUGCUCGGAUGCUGCAUCGAUUUGGAUAUGCCGAUUCUCGUUUACGAGUACGUUCCUAACGGAACGUUGCACGAACAUAUCUACUGUAACGGUAACGGUUAUGAACCGUUACCGUGGAUGCGUCGUCUGGUGAUUGCUCACCAGACGGCGCAGGGACUUGCUUACCUCCACUCAUCGGCGUCGCCGCCGAUUUACCAUAGAGAUGUUAAGCUUAGUAACAUUCUCCUCGACGAGAAUCUCGACGUUAAGGUCGCCGACUUCGGGUUAUCGAGACUAGGAGUGAGCGAUGUGAGCCACGUGACGACGUGUGCGCAAGGGACGUUAGGGUAUUUGGAUCCGGAGUAUUAUCUUAACUUCCAGUUGACGGAUAAGAGUGAUGUGUAUAGCUUUGGAGUGGUGUUGUUCGAGCUGCUGACGUGUAAGAAGGCGAUUGAUUUUAAUAGGGACGAGGAGGAUGUGAAUCUUGUGGUGUUUUUGAGGAAGGCGUUGAGGGAAGGGAGGUUGGCGGAGAUGAUUGAUCCGGUGAUAUGGAAAGACGCGACGGAGGUGGAGAUGGAGAGUAUGAAGGAGUUGGGUGUUCUUGCGGAGAGGUGUGUGAAGGAGACGAGGCAGAGUAGGCCGACGAUGAAAGCUGCUGCGAAGGAGAUUGAAGGCAUUUUACAUGGACUUGCUUCUGCACCGUGA